GGCAUAAUUCCAUUAAUCAUCUCUCUUCUUCUUCUUUCUCUCUCUUCUGGGUCUGUUACCAUUUCCGCCAUGGGCUUCCCUGCAAGCUACACUGAGCUGCUUCUCCCGAAGCUCUUCAUCCAUGUACUCUCCUUACUCGGCUUCCUCAGGAAGCUUAUCUCCCUCUUAUUUCGCCUUCUAGGGCUCCAGGAUUUCCUCGAACCGGACAUUCCUUGGUCUAAUCAUUCUGAUUCUUUUCCGACGGGACCAUUGACGGACCUCGAUCCUCUUUCCGCUGCUGUUCUCCGUGAGAUUCUUCCUGUCGUCAGAUUCUCUGAACUUCUGGAUCCGCCGGAGAGCUGCGCUGUUUGUCUCUACGAGUUCGAGACCGACGAUGAGAUCCGCCGCCUCGCGAACUGUCGACACAUCUUUCACCGCGGAUGCCUCGAUCGGUGGAUCGGUUACGGCCAGAGGACCUGCCCGCUGUGCCGGACGGUGUUCAUUCCGCCCGAUUUGCGGACUGGUGGUUGUAAUUUUGACGAUAGGCCUUGGGAGGAUUCGGAACUCUUCGAAGCACUCCACACUGAUUCUUCUUCAUCCUCGACGCCGACUCUUCUCAGCGCUGGUUUGUAGCUUCUGGAGAUUUGAUUUUCUUUUGUUGAUUUUGCUGCUUUUCAAUCGACAUCGAAAAAAAAAAGAGGGAA